AAUUCGCCUGUGAGGUUGCAAAGGCAGCUUAAUGUAUUUUACCUUCAGGUGUUUUCUCCACACUUUUUUUUUUUUUUUUUUUCCCCCACAGCGUGUUUUCUGACCUACGGUGUGACAGAAAGCUCUCCAGCGAUGUUUUGGGAAUAUUUCUACGCGGCUCGACGACUCGGAAAUUCAGCGGGCUCUACGAUCGAGUGAGAGACAUGGACAACUCUGUCACCCUGUGGCAGUUCCUUCUCCAGCUCCUAUUGGAUCCCAGUAAUGAGCAGCUGAUCUGCUGGACCAAUGAGGAGGGGGAGUUUAAACUGCUGCAGGCAGAGGAGGUGGCCCGUCUGUGGGGAGCCCGCAAGAACAAGCCUAACAUGAACUAUGACAAACUCAGCAGGGCUCUAAGAUACUACUACGACAAGAACAUCAUAAAGAAGGUGAAUGGUCAGAAGUUUGUCUACCGCUUUGUGUCAUAUCCCGACAUCCUGAAAGGAGAUGUUGCGGCUCGAACAGAGAGCGGGGAUGUUGGUGCUGGGGCCCUUCCUCUCCUGUCUAAGAGAGGGGACAGCAUCCUGCAGGAGGAUGAGUCUGGUGACCGCAGCAGGGUGGGAGGCAGCACAGCAGCUCUGAGCUCCAGCACCAAGCAGUCAAACCGUAAUGACUACAUCCACUCCGGCCUGUACACGUCCUUCACCCUCAACUCGCUGCAGAAUGGACGCCAGCUCUUCAAGUCCAUCAAAAUAGAGAACCCAGCAGAGAAGAUGGCUGACAAGAGAGGUGUCACUGCCUCGGCCCAGAGCCAUGAGCAGUUGCCUCAACCUCAGCAGCCAAAUACUUCGCCAUCCGUUAUCAAGUUUGGAAACACCCCUCCAAAGCCAGCAUCAGCACCAGCGCUGCCUCUUCAGGUUGUAAUCGAGCCCACGCUAAUAUCCAACCAUUUGGAUUCUCUGCAAGCACUGCCCACGAGGGCUGUAGAUGUCAGCACACACUCCCCCCUGCCGUCCCAGUCCAUCUACACAUUUGAACACAGCCGUCCGUCAGCAUCAACGUUCAGCAUACAAGACCUGACCUCGGCCAGCCCCUCCCCAAGCCUAGUGCCUGACUCCUCCCAGGAGCUGGUGAUUGACAGUGACAUUGAGUCAGGAUCGUCUCAGCCCGCAGACUCUCAGGCACUGGAAAAGCAGGUGGACAACAGCGUAGUUUUGUCAGGAGAGGAGAACAGUUUUGUGGACCCUGAAACCAGUUCGUCCUCUGUGAGCAGCUGCACCACAGUCAGCACUCUAAACUCAGGAAAGACACGCAAGCCACCCAAAGUCCUGCAGAUCAGCCCGCCGACUCUGCUGGUCACCGCUUCUGACUUCUCCCCCAUGAACCUCUGCAGCCCCUCUCUACCUACGGCCUCUCUCACACCAGCAAUGCUACAGACUCCCACUCUGUUGCUAACUCCCAGUCCGCUGCUGUCAAACAUCCACUUCUGGAGCACACUCAGUCCUGUGGCUCCCCUCAGCCCAGCCACACGACGCCAAGGAGCUCACCUGUUCCAGUUCCCAUCAGUCCUCACCCCACAGUUCCAGAUCCCUGUACACAGUAUGGAUGGGACCAACACGCCAGGGCCCAUUUCUCCAGACCCUCAGAAGACAUAGGGUUAAUCCCCACCAGCAUCACUGCAUUUGGACCCAGACAGCCAGACACCACCACCACCACCCCACCUCCCCCUUACUCCAUCUCACUCUCUCACAAACAGAACAAUCAUGUGGGAGCUCCGUCUUUGCCAUUCCUCAUCACUCCGGUGCUUGAAAGUGUGCUGCCACAGACUUUGCACUACAACUAGAAUUAUUGGAGGGAGGAUCUAAAGAGAAUCUGCAGACCAGGUUGAAAGAUGAGGAGGACGUUUGAGUUUGUUUCAAAGCAUUAACACCCCCACAGAUGCUUUCCUGCACUCAUACACACUGGUGCCAUCUCUCCUUGUGCACUCAUGGAUUUAUUCCGUCUGGCUUUUUGGGAUCCUCAGUCAACAAUUCAAAUGAGGGAGGAAUUUCCAUGGCAACAGUAGCUGCAUGUAAAUUGGACCCUCUGCAGCGACAAUCUGCUUCAUACUUGGACACACUGAGCAGUGAUAUAGCAGACUCUCCUUUUAUAGACUGUCCUUCUUGUCUUGUGCGCCAGUGUUACUGCCAAAAAAAGGACGUAUUUAGUUAUCAGUUUCUAACCUCUGCCGAGAAUAAUUCUGUUAUCUUUCCUGCUCUGUCCUUAACUAAUACUCUUCUUGAAGGGUAGUGCUUUAACCCAGUGCGGCGACUCUUAUAUCUUUUGCCCAGAUCUUGCCUGCCUCAGUGUGCACAGUUUGCUGCUCUGCAAUGUUGGCUCUGUAUAGCCAUAUCCAGCACGACUUUUACCUUGACAGUAAACUGACAUUCACCUUGGCCACAAUCAGAGAAAGCAUGCAUACAAAAACUUUGUGCAUGUUCUAAUGCAACAAUAACCCUGCGAGCCAGUGUGGCCCGGUCAACCAACAGCCAGUAAGCUUUCAUGUGGGAAUGAAAGAAAAUGAAGCCAUUUCUGUUGCAUCGACUCAGCAAACAUCAUCACAAAAUAUCUUGUUUUUAAAUUCCCCUCAUAAUGCCUUUCUAAAUGAACUGAAUAGUUUUAGGCAGCAAUCAUGUUAAACGCACUUAUUUCAAGUUUCUUUUGGUCAUUUUUCAUGGAAUAGUUUGACAUUUUGGAAACAUGGGACACUUGAAUGCUUUCUUGCUGGAAGCUAAGCAAGAUUUAUACAACUUUUCUUGUAAAUAUAACGCCGGAGCUGGGUAAUCUAUCUUAGCUUAGACUGAAACUUCCUGGCUAUUACCAAGUGUCACAAAAUCUGCCAAGUUUGAUUAUGAGUAUGUUACAUCUCAUAUCCCUCCAAAAUGGAAGUGUCAAAAUGUCAAUCUUUAUCCUUGUAUGGUUAUGUGCCAGUUUCUAUUGGUUACCUGGAAAUUGCCCAUGCUAUCAAAUUGUUUUUUUUAACACUAAAGAAGAUAGUGUUUGUUCAUUAAAUAGAGGAAGGCGAGUUUUUGGAUAGAUUCUGAUGCCCGACCCCCAUCUCCCCUCUCAAGGUGAAGCUUUGCUCAAGCCACAUUUUUACCACUCAGACUCAGAGGUGUCAAACUUCUCAUCUAACUUUGGGUAAGGACAAUUUAGAAGUUUUUCCCGAAUCUUGAAGUGCUCAUUUAUGAGCAAUCAAAUCCAAAUCAAGCCAAAAUCGUCCUCAUAAAACAGAAUCUGAAACCAUGAUGUUAUUUUUCUAAUGAAUGAGCUGAAUUUCUAAUGAUUUUUACUGCAUCAGUGCAGUUAUUUUAAACCUUCAAAUGCGAGGGGUCAAACCUUUCCUCGCCUUUGAAUUAUAUCCACAGUUGAUCCCGAGGACUGUAGAAACCGUCGGGAGUGUUGAAGCACUUAAAGGCCCCGAACCUGUCUAGACUAUCAGCCAUUAGACGUUCACACCUGUUUUGUAAACGACUCUGAAGCCAUAAGUCUGACACACAGACUCAAGAGGUAGAUUCAUAUUUCUAUGCUGUUCCGUGUAGGAAUUGUGCAACAUACAUGUUUACAUGACACUUGGAUUGAACACGUUGAAGUGUUUUCUUAACCCAAGUGUCCCUUUUCUAACCCAGGGAGGGAUGGCCAGUGAAUCUUAAAGGGGGGAAAUGCACACUUGUUUUUACUCAACUUACACACACACCUGCCCCCCCAACCCCCCGGCACUCUGCAGCCAAUCAUAAUAGUCUACAAGGUGCCUUACCACAGCCAAGCCCAUGUUUAAAAUGGACACAGUUUCAUCAUUCAAAAGUUAGAACAGAUAUACGACAGCGCUUAUUAGUUUUUAGACCAAAUCACAGCCCGGGAGGUUUGAAUGAAACCUUCACGGGGAUCUUAAACGUGCUGCGCUGUUCUUCAGGAUGCACAACUGUACAUACAGACAUUAACAGGAGGGAGUUCAGCUGGCCGUGUCUCUUUCUAACCUGCUUAUUAAUGUUUGUGAAGCAAAUCUUGCAUAAAGUAUAUACAUAUAUCUAUGAAACCUGUCUUAUUAUUUUUGUGUAACCUCUCUUUUUUUUUUUUUUCCCUGUAAUACCAAUAGAACUUUUAAGAAUAAUUUCUCUAUUUUUGUAACGGCCAGAUGUUUCGAUGUCUCCUAUGUUUGGGUUUCUCUGUUUUAAUGUGCAUGUGUGUUUCUUUCUGUUGCUUUUCCUUCUCGUGUAUUUGGGAGGUGGCUGCCCCACCGUGGCAUUGGCUGUUUUUAGGAAUCAAAGCCUUAUGGGGGGAGAGAUUUGAAUCUAUGUUUUGUAUGUUAAGUGUUUUGAUAUGGUGUUGACAUUGUACAUGCAGACUUUGUGAUGGGACGUUUGCACUUAAAACUUUUUUCGGGGUUCCUGUAGUAUUGGAUUGUGUGGCUUUUCUAAGACGCUGAUUUUCCUCUUUGAUGAUGAAAUGUUGCCGAUGUUUGCUCACUCAGAAAAAUGUUUAUUCACCCAAAAGGGAGGACAAAUUAUGCACUUGGCAUUUUAUACAGUAAAUCUUAUCUUUUUCGAUAUAUAUCUAAAGAUUUAAAAUCGUUUGUGAUCAGGCACUACCACACACUAUUUAUUUAUUUGAGAGAGAAUUGGCUGCUCAUCUUGCAUUUUCGCAUUAACUUUGAGAACUAUAAAAUAGCUGGAUAUUAACCCUCAAGCCCAUUCGAACCUGUCUCUAUCAAGUCUUUGGACUGGUUGUGUUUAUGAUUUGUAUCAUUUGAUGUUUGUCCUUCAACCUACCUUUAAACAUGUAAGAUCUUGUAGAAAGUUCCUGCUUGGUUUGGUCCCGUUUUCUGUUUGUUUCAUGCUUUUUCAAAAAAUUGUUUACAAGCUACUUGUCUUAAGUGGCGUAUCGAUGUAUGAGAGGUGUCGAGGAAAUGUUGAUCAUGAAUGAGAUAGGUGAGACCAAUAAUAAAAGACCUCUAACAUCA